GCCUUUUCCCAAUCACUAACCGCUCAGAUUCACUGCCACCUUCGUCGACAAUGGCAGCCCUCAAAGGUCUACGCUCAACCUACCGCCUGAACUCCGGCCACGAGAUUCCCGUCCUAGGAUAUGGAGUCUACAUGAUCCCCCAAUCCCAAACGGAAAAGGCCACCCUUGAAGCUCUCGGAAUCGGCUACCGUCAUGUGGACUCGGCAAUCAUGUACCGCAACGAGAAAGCCUGCGGCCGCGCCAUCGCAAAUUCCGGCCUCGACCGGUCGGAGAUCUUCUUCACGACCAAGAUUCCCCCGGAGAAGAUGGGCUACACUCGCACCAAGAAGGCUAUCGACUCCAGUCUGCGCGAAGCGGAGCAGGAGUAUUUUGACCUCAUCCUUAUUCAUGCCCCUUACGGCGGCAAAGAAGACCGUCUAGGCUCCUGGCGAGCGCUGGUGGAAGCCAAGCAAGCGGGCAAGACGAAAUCCAUCGGGGUGUCCAACUACGGGGUUCACCAUCUGGACGAGCUGGAGGAGUACAUCAAGAAUGGUGGCGGCGGGCAGAUCGACGUCGGCCAGUACGAGUUGCAUCCCUGGUGUGACCGCCCCGAGAUCGCCGCGUGGCUCCAGAAGCGCAACAUCGUCGUUCAGGCCUAUUCGCCUCUGGCGCACGGGACGAGGAUGAGCGAGCGAGUACUCAAGGCAUUGGGCCAGAAGCAUGGCAAGUCGCCGGCGCAGAUCAUGAUCCGGUGGGGUUUGCAAAGGGGCUUUGUCCCCCUUCCCAAAUCGGUGACACCCAGUCGGAUCAAGGAGAAUGCGGAGGUGUUCGAUUUCGAGCUGUCGGAGGAGGAUAUGAAGGCAUUGCAGACGGGGGUCUACUCGCCCACGGACUGGGAUCCGACGGUGGAUUAUGAUUAGACAGCUGUAUGCCUGGCAGAAGAAGUCUGUAGACAAUGAGAGACAAGACUGAGGUGAUUAUCGUCAACGAUGUACUGGGCAAACAAGAGAGUGAAUGAGGAUAUGCAAAUGUAGAUGUAAAUGAGCGGGCG